CCCGCGGAGACGGCGUGGAAGGUGGACGGAGGAGGAUCAGAGCGCGAGGAAGAGGGAACGAAGAGAGGAGUCGCGCAGGCGCCGAUCCAACGCGUGGAGAACGCUCGUCGUCCGCGUGGCGCGAGUUAGAACUUGACUUGGUGCUUUUAGUCUCGUCCCGUCCCUUCGUCCAUCCUCGUCCUUGUCGGGCGAGAGCAGCCCCUGCGGCGGAGUCUCGUCAGAGAGGAAGUAUGCGCCCGGUGCCUGGACCGGUCGGUACGAGAAGGACGCGGAGCCGAGGAGGAUUCCGCCCGAUCCGCUGACCGAGCCGGCGAACACGUUCGCCAACGAUGAAGAGGAACACGCGUCGCCCCCACGUGCCUUCCACGGGUUCGCAGCAGCGCGGCGAAGUGAAAGUUCAUUGACGAAGCUUCUAACAAAAGCCUUCAACGAGUAUCUUUAACUAGAAGAUCGUCUUUCCGGCGAACAUCCACCCACGCAGCCGAGGAUUGACAUUUAAAUUAGGAAAAGGAAUAACAAGAAACAAUCUUCCCUGUGAGGGAUACUCUUGAUUAGACGAUCGUCUUUCCGGUGAACGUCCACCCACGCGAUCGCGCAGCCGAAGCUUGAUAUUUAAAUUAAGAGAAAGAAUAAUAAGAAACGAUGCUCCCUCCGGGGAGUUUGUAAUCUGAGAAGAAAACCUGGUAACUGUAUAUUAUCGAGUACCGAUCGAUGUGCCUGAUUGCGACAUGUCGCAGGAGAUUUUAUCCCGCAGGGAGAUACUCUCGGCCGAGACGAAUGACCCUCGCAAUUCGAAGAGGAGCACCCGCGCUCUGCGUCGAUGGCGCAUCCUAGCCAGGGCGCUGACAGGCUCGCCGGAGCCGAACGGCAGCGAGUCCGACGAGGAGGUGUCGGUGAGGCGGUUCACCACCUUCGGUAUGCUCAAGUGCGCGCUGCUGGAGAACAUGCUGGCGGACGGCGAGUCCAGCUGGUGCGAGUACUCGACCCAGCUGGACGGCCGGCCGUACAACGUGCAGAUACGCAGGAUAAGCAAGUGCUUCACGGCGAGCGAGCUGAUCGGCUUCAACAAUACCGGCAACGUGUGCGUGUGGCCGUCCGAGGAGUGUCUGGCCUACUAUCUGCUGAGGAAUCGCGGCCUCUGCCGGAAUCGGAACGUCCUUGAACUCGGCGGCGGUAUGAGCUGCCUGGCCGGCGUACUCGCCGCCAAGUACUGCAAUCCCAGCACCGUCACCCUCACGGACGGCAACGUGACCAGCGUCGACAAUGUGCGCUGCAUCGUCGCUCGAAACGACAUGACGCAUCUGGUGGAGUGCGGGGUCGUUCAGUGGGCCCAGGCCGCCAGAGCCCUUCGGCAGACGGCGUUCAACGGUAACCGCGUUAAGACCCGGACGGCCGACGGCGACGAAGACGCUCGACUGCCGUCGGGCAUCUACGACGUGAUCCUGAGCGCCGACUGCCUCUUCUUCGACGACGCUCGUCUGGAUCUGGUGGAGACGAUCUACGGCUGGCUGACCGACGACGGGGUCGCCCUGGUGAUGGCACCCAGGCGCGGCACGACAUUCCAGAAGUUCGCCGAGGCGUCGAUCAAACGCGGCUUCAUAGCGCGCCAGACGGAACGGUACGACGACACGGUGUGGUCGAGGCAUCUGGAGCUGCUGGAGAACAGUCCGGAGUACUGUCCGGAUUUGCAUUAUCCGGUGCUGCUGGAGCUCACCAAGCAGAAGAAGACGCCGCCCGGAUGAUCGGGCUCGAUCGACAAGGACGACGAGGACGACCGGCCGGACGAGAGUUUCAGCGAGGAAUGAUAACACGUUUCUUUCACUUCUUAACGUGUACGCUUUGGUCGCGCGCGCAAUAGAAUUAUUACGAGGGGAACGAAAUGUAUCGCUUCAUGAGUGAAAGAUGCGCGUACGCUGUAAUGGGAUAUAAAGAUGCAUAAAAGCUGCCUUUAUGUCGUCCAGCAAUGUCAAGGUCGAUUUUUUUUUUUAUUAGUGCGUCUUGAUGAAACGUUUAGCGGUCGCAUCCACUCGCGGAUCGAUCUUGCGCUCGUACGCAUCGUUCCACAUCGUCGCUGCUAUCGGAAAAGUUCCAUAAGGAAGGUAUUAUGUGCCAUGUGCGAGAAUCGCUCGUCGAGCUCUCCUGGACAUGCCUGACCUUCCCUCCUUUCCUCCCCCCAUUAAUUAACCCAUGGGUGUUUGCGGUAGAUACCCGACAUGUUAUGAAUGAACGCGUAUCUCAGGGUACAAGUGUUAAUUAUAUUCUUUUAACGUCAUAUAUUUAUGACAAACUUGAUUGCGUGUGAUCAAUCUGCGCGGAUGUAUAUUUAUUUCUGAGCGCGCCCCGGUAGCGCGACGUAUUCUGCAGCAAAUAGAGUACACGGGACGGUGCAGCGAGCCAUAAUCCACCGCUUUGAAUUAGUUUAAAAUAUCGUAGAGCCCGCAGAGAUAUUAUUCUCAUUCGCAGCAGGUGAGACUUCUGGCACCAUUCUGCGCGCGGCGUAUACCGGGAAGCAGGAAGCGAGCCUCCAAACGGCGAGCGGAAAAGUUGCGAAUUAUUGAAUUCUAUGAUAGGGAGGAAUGUCGAACUUAAAGCUACCUUGGAAAUAUUUACGUCACGAUCGGACGGCAGAUAUUAUUAUACAAUUGCAAAAGAUAGGAUCUCAAUUAGCGAAAGUUUUCCGAGGAUCAAUCGACCGCCGGUCUAGUUCGUCGGGUCGACGUUAAUCGUUGAAGGAACGUGUUUGUAAAUUACAAAUGAUUUCGUCCGACGUUGAAACGUGACCCCUGACAAAAGAGAACUUUUCUUAGGCGUACCUGAUUUUAUAUUCAACCGGGUAAGAGAAAGGCGAUCGAGUUUCGGGCCUCGCGCAUUAAACUGUCGUUUAUAAUACGGCAGCGCGAUACUGGCAAUUUUAUCAGUCAUCAAUUAAACGUCGACUACUAAGUAGGUAGCUCGAGCAACCUCUCGAGUUGCUCGUUCUUCGCAGCCGGCGGGACCAAUUGUAUAGACCGAGUAAUGUUUAGAUACAACCGAACCAUGACUCGCAGACUGCGAAGUCACUUCCAGUGAGUUCUAUUCAUCGCGAAACUGCGUUAAAAGACAUCUCCGUAUUCUUGAAUAAGGAAAAGAGAAAGAGAGAGAAUCAGUGUUAACGUUUUAUGCCAUUUGGGUCCAAGAAUGAAGCGAAAUCGGGCGGGAGCGAAACAUUGUCGAUUCAGCGAUUUAACGGCUGAUCCGAACGUUUGUGGAAUAUCAAUUAUUACGAUUGUUAACUGUGUAAACAGAUGUAGACACAGACGGUUGCAAUCGAUACAACGUAGUUGCAGGAUAAAUUUAAGGGGACAAUUCUUACGCAAGUCGACUUUGCCUUAUUCAUGUUACAUAUGUUGUAGUCAUUUAUUUAUUUAUUUAUUUAGGCGCGUUUAUAUCCUCGCGAGGGAAUUCUCGUGAAUUUUCUAAGUAUCUCCGAUCGCGUUACGAACCUGUUACCUCAACGGACCAAUAUUUAUAGGCAUAGUUAAGUCUAGUCAGAGUUACCAAACGUACUUCCAUUAUUACGUAUCUUCUUGUAUAGGCCAAGUGUCCAUAAAGUCUCUUUAUCCGUUUCAAAGAUGGAAUUAUAAUAAAUUAGAGGGUUUCAGUUGCGGGAAGUGUCGUUUUAGAGAUAAUGGAAGCUGGUUUCCCUUUAGAAAAAUCGCUACUUUUCUAAAACGCCCGGCUCGGUUUUUGUACCGCAGCCCGAGAUUAAAAUCGGCGGACACGUUUCGCCGGGGUCGCUAAUCCACGUGGCCAGACGGAGAAUUUAUGGACCCUUCGCGGCCCUAGAGGGCCAUUUGUGUACACGCGCAUUAUGUGCGGGGGAAUCUCCAUAGUAAUAAAGUAUAUUUUCAUCUAAGAA